AAGUAGGUCUCCGAGUUUACCGCGUAUCCAUAUCGUACGGUAUAUCCAAAAUUUGUGCACUGGGUCGCGGAUCCACCGGUCUGACUAAUAGCCACACGUUCUGCCAGGCUGUCCUUGUGUUCGACGUCCAUAAACACUUUGCUGGGCUUUACAAUUAGGUUAUUUACAUUUUGAUCCAUAGGCCUGCACUUGCAUAAAGCACGGUAAAAGAGAAGACCAACGCCCGCAACAUAUCUGGAAAAAAGACAAGAUGGCUGCCGUCAAAGGAAUCACAUCAUUCGACUCGAGCAAACUGAAACACGUGGACACACACGAGAAGAACGUUUUACCAACUGCGGACGUGAUCGCAGAGGAAAGCCACGACAGCCGGGCAGAGGUGAAGUCAUUUGAUCAGUCCAAACUGAAGCAUGUGGAGACAGAGGAGAAGAACCCUUUACCAACAGCAGCAACCCUCAAAGAAGAGAUGAGACCAGAAGCACUCCCCGAUGUCAGCGGCGUCGCAAAAUUUGAUGCUAAGAAAUUAAAACACGUGGAGACGAAGGAAAAGGUGGUCCUGCCAACGGCUGACGUCAUCGCAGAGGAAAGUCACGAGAGCCGGGCAGAGGUGAAGUCAUUUGAUCAGUCGACACUCAAGCAUGUUGAGACAGAGGAAAAGAACACAUUACCAACUGCGGCCACCCUACACCAGGAACUCAGGCCAGAAAAACUCCCCGACGUCAGCGGUGUGGCCAGUUUUGAUUCCAAACAAUUAAAACACGUGGAGACGAAGGAAAAAGUAGUCCUCCCAACGGCUGACGUCAUCGCAGAGGAAAGCCACGACAGCCGGGCAGAGGUGAAGUCAUUUGAUCAGUCCAAACUGAAGCAUGUUGAAACGGACGAGAAAAACACACUACCAACUUCAGCCACCCUACACCAGGAACUCAGGCCAGAAAAACUCCCCGACGUCAGCGGCGUGGCCAGUUUUGAUUCCAAAAAAUUAAAACACGUGCAGACCAAGGAAAAAGUAGUCCUACCGACUGCUGACGUCAUCGCAGAGGAAAGCCACGAAAGUCGAUCAGAAGUGAAGUCAUUUGAUCAGUCGAAACUGAAGCAUGUUGAGACAGAGGAAAAGAACACAUUACCAACAGCGGCCACCCUACACCAGGAACUCAGGCCAGAAAAACUCCCCGAUGUCAGCGGUGUGGCCAGUUUUGAUUCCAAAAAGUUAAAACACGUGCAGACCAAGGAAAAAGUAGUCCUACCGACUGCUGACGUCAUCGCAGAGGAAAGCCACGAAAGUCGAUCAGAAGUGAAGUCAUUUGAUCAGUCGAAACUGAAGCAUGUUGAGACAGAAGAAAAGAACACACUACCAACUUCAGCCACCCUACACCAGGAACUCAGGCCAGAAAAACUCCCCGACGUCAGCGGUGUGGCCAGUUUUGAUUCCAAAAAAUUAAAACAUGUGGAGACCACAGAAAAACAGGUUUUGCCCACACCAGAUGUGAUCCAGGAGGAAUCAUUCCACAGCCGAGCUGAGAUCAAGACAUUUGAUCAGAGCAAACUGAAGAAAGUCGACAAGUAGAUAGCAUAUCAACAACAUUUUUGUUUCAUGAUCAAGACUUCUUCUUCGUCGCUGUAUUGACGCCAUAUGUAUUCAACUAAAAAUGUGCUAUUUAUCAACGGUGGUCUAGAUACAUGUACUCCUAGGGUGAACAUGACUACAGAAAUAAUUAUCAUAAUCAAGUUUAUUAGAGCCAGCGGUCAUAUAGUUCUUACAAUGCCGAGCUCAUAUAAAGAGUGAUGGUGUUAAAUAUUUGGUGUCACGACCGGAGACCGUUCUCGGGGGUUUUCAAGCGAAACACCAUGACUGUAUAGUCCGAUACCUCAGAAAUCCCACUCUGUGGUUUUCCCGAUGUAUGUAUCAAGACUCCAGCUGAAGUAAGGUGCCACUAGAGAGGUUGAGAGUUCUCACCAUUACGUCACGUAAUGUACGGUAUCUGAAAUUCACACGUUUAACUUAAUUAAACGCUCUCCAAAGACCAUUCGUCCAGCCCGAAUCUUAACCACGCUAAUACACAAUUGGUAAUAUGUGGGUUCGGACAUUUCGCAGUAAAUUCAAUUUCCCACUUAAAAUCAUUUAAACUCUUUAUAUCAUGUAAUGAUUUAUUGCUUAUUAUCGUUGCCAAUAAACUCAAUUUCAUAACAAAA